UCGAAACUAUCGAAUCUGUCGAUCCGUCCAAAAACGUUUAAAUUUUCCUUCGCCACGCAUUCAUACAGGCUUGAUCGUGGAAAUUAGGUUCUAAGACUGAGAAAGAAAAGUUUUAAACUUUCCUGCGACGUAGAAAGUGCGUUUCUAGCCAGCGUAGUAGCGCCAACGGGGUAUUUUUAGCCCAUGUCCCGAGAUGGAAGUUGAAGCGUCCACGACGGUUAUUCCUCCGCCGCCUCCACCGCUUCUUUCGACUGUUUCGGCAUCAAGGCGCGACGGCGAUCUUCCUCGGAGUGUCAGCCGUACGGAAGAUGACCCAAUCACAGCCGCCAUCAAGGUUCUUCGUCGUCAAAUGGACCGUAUAUGCAAAGGUGACGAGAACGUCGCUGUCCUUUCCAAACUUUGCCCCGUCGAGCCCGUUCUUCAAAGCGGUCCCCAAUGUGGCUUGGUGGCACUCGCCAUGGCGUCGCAACUACUGCAGCCAUCCCCCGUGAGUGUUGCUAGAGCCUUUGAGACAGCCAAGGCACUUGGAUUCACCAACAAGGGAGAAAUGUUUUCAGUCGAAAACAUGCGGCUACUUGCUGAGAGUGUCAUGUGCUGUCGAAGCGAACUGCUCCACUGUCCCGCAGAUCAUCGAGGGCGGUUAAUCGAACACCUGCUACGCGGGAAACCUAUUCUGGUUCCUUACGACUCGGACGGCAACUUUGAACCCUGUCUCAAGGGCGGGCAUACUGCCCACUGGGCUGUGAUUCAUGGUUUCUGCGUGGCAAUUCCCGCCGAAGAGAUGGACGAUGUCGCCAACUGCUGCCACUGGGAAGACGACGUCGAGCUGGGCAGACGCUUACGCCACGUUCGAGCCGCUCCCUCCGCGCAGGCCAUGGCCGCCGCGUUGGCGGACGAACUCUCCGUCUUCGUGUACGCCAGUCAGGGCAAGAGUCGUCGGGUCGGGCUCUGGGACCUGGACUGUCUGCUGCGCAGCAACGGCAACCUGGCCGAAGCGACACGCAAACACGACACCGCCUCCGAAUUCGUGCUUCCUUCCGGAGGCCUUGUGGAAGGUUUGGCGGGGAAACUGCUUCUACUCGGAUGACGAAACUACUUGAAAGGCGCAAUGAACCUUUUUUUCUUUCUUAAAAAAAAUGCACGCCCGAGGCUGCCAUUGUUUGGGCACGUGAACUCGGUUCAGCCAACUUAGAACAAAAGUCUGCGAACAUCCUCCUCCAUGGAACGUUGCCACACAGUCGGACGGCGCCAACUGAGCAAUUUGACCCGUUGCCGGGCGUCUUUCGACGCGUUGAUUGGACACGUGCGCUUUUGGUGUGUGUCAACGUUACUAGAACCACUCAGUUGAGAAACUGCCAUAGAGCCUGCUUGGAAAAAGUGGCUUCGAUCCGUACUCGAGAGUGAGUGAUUGAGUGAACGACUUUAUUGAACCAAAUUACUAGGCUGCAAGGCCUAGUGCUGUGGGUUCGG